AUAAUAUAAUAUCCCCCACCAAGUCACAAAGACACCAACCACUCUCUUCCAUCUUUCGUUUUCGUUCGCAUUCCAAAACCCAAAUGGAAACUGAAAUCGUCUCAGAGUUCCUUCCCUUCGGUCGUAUUUACAAAGACGGUCGCGUCGAGCGUCUCACAGGAACCGAAAUCAUCCCUCCUUCACUAGACCCAGCAAACGACGUCGUCUCAAAGGACGUCGUAUACUCCUCGGAACAUAACCUCUCCGUCCGUCUCUUCCUCCCACACAAAUCCACCGACGACGGCAACAACAAACUCCCUCUGCUAAUCUACAUCCACGGCGGAGCCUGGAUCAUCGAGUCACCUUUCUCCCCGCUCUACCACAACUACGUCACCGAACUCGUCAAAUCCGCUAACUGCCUCGCCGUCUCGAUCCAGUACCGCCGCGCGCCGGAGCAUCCGAUCCCGGCGGCGUACGAGGAUUCGUGGUCGGCGAUUGAGUGGAUCUUCUCUCAUUCCGAUGGAUCUGGUCCUGACGAAUGGAUCAACGAAUACGCAGAUUUCGACAGAGUGUUCAUCGGGGGAGACAGCGCCGGAGCCAACAUGUCUCACCACAUGGCCAUGAGGGCAGGCAAGGAGAAGAUUAGCCCUAGAAUCAAAGGUGUGGCGAUCGUUCAUCCAGCUUUCUGGGGGACGGAUCCUGUGGACGAGGACGACGUGCAAGACGCGGAGACGAGAAGCGGGAUCGCGGAGGUUUGGGAGAAGAUCGCGAGUCCGAACAGCGUGAACGGGACGGAUGAUCCGUUGUUCAACGUGGUCGGAUCCGGCUCGGAUUUUUCCGGGUUGGGAUGCGAGAAGGUUUUGGUUGCGGUGGCGGGGAAAGAUGUGUUCGUGAGGCAAGGGUUGGGUUACGCGGGGAAGCUGGAGAGGAGUGGGUGGAGAGGGGAUGUGGAGGUGGUUGUGGAGGAAGAGGAAGGACAUGUGUUCCAUCUCCAGAACCCUAACUCUGAGAGUGCUUUGAAAUUCUUCGAUAAGUUUGUAGAGUUUAUUACCGGUUCGAGUAGUGAUGUUAUGUGAAUGUUCUUUGAUGAUGAUAAUAUUAUACAUUUGAAUUUGAUGUACCUCUUUUGAUUUGAUUUGGUUAUGUCAUUAUGUUUACACAAAAUAAAUUACACAGAUUUUGCUUGAGAAUG